CUGUGACGUCACUCAAACUUCCGACCUCAUUUUCGAUCCAUUAUGUCAGCCUCCAGUGAAUGUAAACGUGACUUUGUGUCAUCUGAACUUGGGACCAAGAACUAUUGGGAUGAAACUUAUGGCAGAGAAAUCAAAUCUUUCAAUGACUUUGGAGAUGUUGGAGAAAUAUGGUUUGGGGAGGAUAGUCAGGAGAGAGUGUUGGAUUGGCUAGAAGACUGCGACUCAGUGACAACAGAUGAUCCAGUGCUAGAUCUUGGUUGUGGCAAUGGAAUGAUGCUUAUAGAAAUGACAAGAAGAGGAUAUACCAAUUUGACUGGGGUUGACUACUCAAACGGAGCUAUAGAGCUUGCCAAGGCCAUAGCAGAGAAAGAGGAGAUAACCUGUAUAACUUACCAGGUUGCUGACCUUAUUGCUACUGACUGUACGCAGAAGUACACAUGCUUAACUAGACAGUAUAAGAUAGUCAUUGACAAGGGUACCUAUGAUGCGAUUAGUCUUAUUCCUGAUAGUGAGGUAGAGGCUCGGCAAGCAUACCUUAAAACAGUGAAACACCUUGUUGUUGAGGACGGGAUAUUUGUCAUAACAUCAUGUAACUGGACCAAAGACCAGUUGCUUCAGUUUUUCAAGCCUGAAUUUGAACUUUUUAAGAAGAUACCGACUCCCAGUUUCCAGUUCGGGGGACAGAUGGGAAGCACAGUGACUUCUUUGGUUUUAAAACCCAAAUCCUGAUAUACUGUGCUGAUUAAUAAAGAAAAUAUAACUUUUCUCCCCUAAAAAAUGUGUGUUUUUACAGCUGUUUUAAUCGUGAGAUAUUAAACCUGUGAUACAUG